CCCCUCUCCCAUAUAUAUAUAUAUAUAUAUAUAACUCUUCACUCUACACCUUUUCUUCUCACUUCUCUCUCUCUCCCCCUCCCUGGGCGCACAAACACUUACAUACACAUAUAUAAGUCUCUUUCGUCUCCGCGCGAGCUUGCUAACAUGGAAGGUGCGGAGGAAUUGGAGCUCGCGGGGCCGUCUAAAAGCCAUGCCUCCGUACGCACAUCGCCAAGGGCAAGCGUACCAAGAGGCACAGGCCCUCCUCGCCCUGUGCUGUUGUCGCGGCCAUGGCCUCUAGCUCAUCAAGCGUCUCUGGCGAACACAUCAGCGCCGGAGGAGAUUACGGCUCCAUCUCGUCCACCACGACCACUCAUAAUUAUGAUGAGAGCACCGAGGAAGAGGAAGACAUGGCUAACUGCUUAAUUCUCUUGGCCCAGAGCGGGGAUUCUCAUCAUCUCAAGCACCGACCUCAAUCUCAAGUCGCCAGAACCCAUCCGGGAGGCAGCCGGAGAUUCGUCGAGACGCCCACCGUCACUGCCGGUGCCGCUCAAGUCGGUUUGUUCGUGUACGAGUGCAAAACGUGUAACCGCAGCUUUCCUUCGUUUCAAGCGCUGGGCGGGCACAGGGCAAGCCACAAAAAGCCUAAGCUGACGUUAGAGGAGAAGAAACAGCCGCCGCCGCCGCCAAUACCGCCGCAACUUAUCAACAGUUAUGGGAUUGAAGAGGGUCGGAUAAAAAGCAGCCCCCAGAUUUCUCUUCAACUAGGCAGCAGCAUGAACGGAGUCGCAUCGAUCAACAAGGCGAAGAUUCACGAGUGCUCCAUAUGCGGGUCCGAAUUCACGUCUGGGCAGGCACUGGGGGGCCACAUGAGGAGGCACAGGGCAUCCAUGACCGCUGGCGCGCCCCAGGGGAGUCAUGACAUCGCUGCAGCUGAAGUGAAGCCAAGAGUGCUGGCGUUGGAUCUAAACCUGCCGGCGCCGGAAGAGGAUCAGCGGGAUUCCAAGUUCGAGUGCAGAGCGAAAGAAAAACCACUGGUGCUGUCCGCUCCGUCUCUGGUGGACUGCCAUUAUUAGGCCAGGGGGAAGAGAAAAACAAGUUAUAAUUAAUUAUUGUUUAUCAGGGAGGUUAAUGAUGGAUGAAUGUGAAUUAUUAGCGUUAUUUAUAAUUUACAAAUACCCGUAACUAUGGA